CCCUUACUUCCUCCCCUCUCCUGUUUUCCCACCUUUUCAGUUUUGAGUUUGACCCACCAAAACCCUCCUACAAUCCUUCAAUCUUUAGGGUUUUACAAGGGUUUUGCAGGUUUUGCUCUAUAUAUCCUAUUUCUUUCGCUGAUCAACCCUCUGGGCAUCAUAAAAAUCCGAUCUUUUUUAGCUCAAAAACUGGGUUUUUAAUGGCUAAUCCUCAAGUGGUACCAGGCAUGCAAUUCAUGGGUCCACAACAACCACCACCGCAACCACAACAACCCUUUGGGGAUACAACUUAUACCAAGAUAUUUGUUGGAGGGUUGGCCUGGGAAACUAAGAGUGAUGCUCUUCGCCGGUAUUUUGAGCCGUAUGGGGAGAUUCUUGAAGCUGUUGUCAUCUCUGAUAAGAAUACUGGUCGUUCCAAAGGCUAUGGUUUUGUAACGUUUCGUGACCCUGAAGCUGCAAAGAGAGCUUGUUCAAAUCCAAAUCCAGUCAUUGAUGGUAGGAGGGCUAAUUGUAAUUUGGCUUCACUAGGACGACCAAUGCGGAUUUUGCCAUCCGGGCACAUAAGGUCUGCAGCACCCUAUUUCAGAGGUCCACAAAAUCAAAGUCCCAGGAGCUUGUACGUUGGAAACCCCAUGUAUCAGCUACCACCUACUUAUGGCUACCAACCAGGACUGCAGUUCCCUCCGUAUAGAUACCCCGCUUAUGGACCUGAAUUUUACUAUACUCAGAUGUACGGAGUACCAGGCACUGCUAACCCAACUCCAUUGGUAUAUGGUCAAAUGGGCCAUUCUCCACCUGCCAACCUAGCAUAUACAGCAGUCCGAGGCUACGUGAUGCCAAACCCUCAUGCUUUGCAAUAUGGAAGACCAGUUGUCAGCGGUGUGACCACAGAUAUAGUUUCUGCAAUGCAAACCCCAAACCACCCUGGUAUCCAUGUACCAUCUCCAGGGCCACCACAGAUUAUUGUUCCAACCAGUCCCCCCCAGUUUACUCAGAGCAGUGGAUCUGAUCAAAUGGCCGGCUGAAUGUACUUGAAAAUGGUUUCCUCGAGUGGUAUGCAGGUAAUUCUUGACAUGGAGGACUAAGGUACCCAGGUAGCAGGCUUCAAAUCUGACCUUGCAAGUUAACUUCCCUGCAUUCAAGAGGUUUAUUUUGCUUAGGUACUUUUUGCAGUAUUAAAUCCUACAAACGACAGGCUAUCACCAAGGCAAUGUGCUGAGAGGUCUUCUGAAGUCAUGAUCACCAAGGGUACAUCGGAUCAUCCUGUAUAAUAUGAGACUGCUCUGAUACCUUAUAACCAAAAAAAAAAAGGAAAGAAAAAAGAAGCUGCUCCGAUACCCGGAUCAGACGAAGGGCGUGGAUUGCUCUUCUGUCAGCAUGUGCAAAGGGCAGUUCUUAAGGGGCAAACUUUUUGAACUUUCCAUUCUGUUUCCUUCUGUUUUUGCUACAUUUAACUGACUUAGGAGGGGUAGCUCCUAUUGCAUCUCUCACUAUCGAGUCUGAUGAGUCCAAAGUGCAUAUUCAAGCUUGCUGUGGCAAGGUGGUCACUGCAACAAUUUUUAGCCAUCUCUCGGCGGGGUUGUACUGUUACAGCUCCAUCCUCUUAUUGUCAUAACUGGAUGAGACGAUGACUGAUUUAACGAGGAUCCAGAGCUCGUGUUGGUCGCAGUCAGUGUAAAACUCUGCACAAACAAGUCCUUUGACACUGUUCAGAUUUUAAAUUUAGAGUAACAGGUUGCAGGAUGCGGGUUUCUUGCAAUCACAUUCUAUUGGAUCAAGAUAUGAUUCUGUAGGUAGGUCAGGUCAGGUCAGGUCUCUAGGUUCUUACUUCUUAGCUGAGUUUUAGCUCCUUUUCUUUUCUCGAGUGCUCUUUCUGGGAACAUAGGCCAAUAUAAACAAAGGGGAUUUACCUUUCGAGUACUGUAUUGCGUUUCAGGACGUCUUUGAAUUUCUUCUUGUCUAAUUUUGCUGGUACUCUCUUAGUAUAAAUAUGUAACUGGAUAUUGCAUUCAUAUACAAAAAAUGAUCAUGUACUAUUUUCUACCUUUAUUGAACACAUUCCUGGACCCUAA